AUGCGCGACGAGCGCUCAACCAAAGCACGAGAAUUUUCAGAGGCACAGCAGCAUAUCGGGCGUCUCAUGUCAGUGAUGGGGUUUAAACCCGACUCAGGCCACUCCAAGCCAUCCAAGAUGCGGUCCAAAUCAAUUAUCGCCCCCUCCCCAAUCGCAUCAGCCCAACAGCAAACGCAUUCCGGAGACGAGCAGACAGAAUCUCUGCUAGAAGAUCCAGAGACCACGUCAUUUGACUCAGUAACACCUCAUCUUGUCGGCCGCAGCCCCAAAAGACCCAGAGACAGCACCUACGCUAGGGUCGAAACACCAGCCCGACUUCACGAGAAGAGGGCCAAAAAUCCAUCCCGGGUGGGCAGCAUGCGGCCACGCUCUGAGCGAAGAGCGCUCGAAGAAGCAGACCAUAACAGCCAAUCCAGUUCCCAGAGCAGCCGCAGGUCAAAUGCCAGUCAGCAUGAAACUUUCGAAGAGAGUCAAUAUAUGGACGAAAACCAUCUCCAGGGGAUAGAUCUAGAUAUGGAUUUGGAGCUCACGAAGGACUUCAUUUUUACUAGCACGUCUUUGUCUCAGGCAAAUGAUAAUCUACCUUCUCAAAUCCUACCGUCCUGGAGCCAGAGGGAUUCUCUCGCUAUCAAACUCACCAAUGUCCCGAAAGAAACAAGCGCUGUGGACUUAUGGGAGGCUUUCCACAAAGAAGGAAGCAUCUUCACUAUCGACCUCUUUGAGGAUAGCCAUGGGAACAGAAGGACAGAUGGUAAAGUCCGCUUCAAACCACCUCCGGCGACAGACUUUUGGAAGACAGGAACCUACGAGAUAGCCUCACCAGAUGGCCAAGUUACAACUAUUUCCAUACGUCCGGAGUUCCAUCUGGCUUUUAACAGAAUAGUCGAGAGCCCAGUCGGCCGUGACGUUUCAUACCCCGUCGAGGUUAAAAUCCCAAUCGCGUCCAUGGAUAUCGGAGUUUUGGUGGACGAAAAGACAAUGCUUCCCAUGCGCACUGUUGGCUUAGGUGCUGAUGAGCAUCCAUUCUUACUAUUCGAUUUGAAAGCCAGGGCCAUGAUGGUCUAUUUUCAACUUCCAAUACUCUUCAAUCCCAAGAGCAAGCUCCAGGCAGGCGAUAAGUAUAACCAAUACCGUCUGAAGAUUCCUCUUGUGCAAUUAACCCGGAUUCUUCAGUCUGGUGACCCUGCAUCGAAAAUAUCUCACUUGCUAGUGCUGGACUCUCCACCCUUGUAUUUUCGGCGUGCUACGGAUAUCCCGAAUACUUUCGUCGACGAUAACUCAUGGAGGGACUCGGACUCCUGGUAUCGUCAGACCAACAUUGUCCAUAACCCGUUAGAGCUUGCCGGUGUCCCGACGAGCUUGCGCAAGCUGAAGCCCAUGAUUGAUAUCGGCCGUUGGAAUGUUCUCAGGGUAACAUUUCCUAAAAGCUUUGGCCUUAAUCCAAAUUUUUCGCUGGUCUGCAAUCUUCUCAAAGACUACAACGUGAGAAUCGAAGAUGUCGAUAGCUUCACUGUAUGGGAUGGGUCUAAAGAGAGGCCACCUCCCACGGAAAGCUCUUCUCUCGGAGAUCUUUUAGAUCAUACCUAUGUUCACUUAGAUUUUCGCGUACGGUAUCAACUCGAGGUGUGUAUAUCCCAUGGAUACCUCUCGGAAUUCACUAUGUCUCAACCAGAAGCCAGAAAGCUUCUUGAACAUGUUGCGACGGAAAAGAAGGUCUACUUUGACCCCAUGAAGAUAUUCGAUUUGAUAUUCAUCAAGGGUACAACCAACGCUAAAAUACCUUCGCACUGUUGCUACAUGCGCUCGGCAAGGAUCACGCCCAGCACCGUCUAUUUCAAUACCCCCACGGUGGACAUAUCAAAUCGAAUCAUUCGACGAUACAGAGAACACUCUGAUCGGUUCCUCCGGGUCCGUGUCGACAAUACGAGAAACGAAAUUUUCACGCGGGUCAAAAGAACUUUGGCAAAUGGCAUCGUGAUUGGCGACAUGCACUACGAGUUUCUCGCCUUUGGAAACUCUCAGUUUCGUGAGCACGGUGCCUAUUUCUUCGCCGGACAGCCUGGCCUUACUGCCGCGAAUAUCCGAGCAUGGAUGGGAACGUUCAAUAAGAUCCGAAAUGUCGCUAAACACACCGCACGGUUGGGACAAUGCUUCUCAACUACCCGCGCCGUUGCUGGGUCAUCUGUGACGGUUGGAAGAAUUGAUGAUAUCGUGCGCAACGGGUAUACUUUCUCCGAUGGCAUGACCAUGUCCGAACUGAAGAUCAAGACUCCGAACGGGGAGCCCCCAUCCGCGUUCCAAUUUCGCCUUGCUCAGCCGCAGGAGGUUCACAUACGGAAGAGUCAAGAUAAAUUUGAGGCAAACCACAGCGGCCUGGAGAUCAUCCGCUGGUCCCAAUUCUCGAUCGCAACUCUGAACCGCCAAUUGAUCAUUGUUCUGUCCACCCUCGGAAUACCCGAUGGAGGUCUGGAUGAAGCACAGAAGAACCCGAACCAAAUGACACUCAUCGUGAUCCAAGAACCCUUCUUGACUUCAAUACUGACCCUCUGGAGAGCUUGGCAUCUCAAGUAUCUAAAAGAGAAGGCCAAGAUUGUCAUUGAGAAAGGUGCAAAUCUCUUAGGCUGCAUGGAUGAGACAGGUACUCUGAAGGGCCAUUUCAACAACAUCCCCGGAAAGGAUGCAUCCGUUAAGGAACUCAAGGCAGCAUUGCCGGAAAUAUUCGUCCAGAUAAUUGAGGGACUCUGCAUCCUAGCCCGAAACCCCUCGCUUCAUCCCGGCGAUAUCCGCGUCGUGAAUGCAGUGAAUGUCCCAGCUCUACAGCACCUCCAAGAUGUAGUUGUCCUACCGCAGACCGGUGAUCGGGAUAUUGCAAGUAUGUGUUCCGGUGGCGAUUUGGACGGCGAUGACUACCUUGUAAUUUGGGAUCAGGAUUUGGUCCCUGAAGACUGGUUUCGCGAGCCGAUGACCUACACAAGCAACGCGGCCCGGGACCUCGAUCACGAUGUCACCGUCGAUGAGAUAACGUCGUUCUUCGUGACCUAUAUGAAGAACGACUGCCUUCCUCAGGUCGCACACGCACACCUCGCCUGGGCCGAUUGGCUUCAAAAUGGGCUGCAUUCCGACGCUGUGGACUACAACAAAACAGGCAAUCCAGCCAUCAUGACCCGUAAUCUCCGACCUCGUCUCUGGCCUCAUUUCAUGGAAAAGAAUCACCUGCCAAAGGACAAGAUUUAUCAUUCCAGAAAGAUACUUGGCCAGCUUUACGACGCGGUUGAGCGCAUUGACUUCGUCCCCAGUCUCGAGAUGUCCUUCGACGAGCGGAUCCUCAAAUGCGGAGUCCACGAUCUCAAACACGAGAUCAAGACCGAGUUCGAAGUCUGGUCCACGUUCUUCCACGAGGAGCUAGGCGCCCUAUCGUCCGCUCUUCGCGAGGGUUUCAAAUCCAAAUGCUAUGAAAAAGUCGGCGGACGUGAAUUCAAGCAGCUCGCCCCGCUCGUUGUCGCUAUGUAUCGCCUCACUCACGAGGAAAUGUCCGCCGCUUUGGACAAACAUCGCCGCGAGAACCCGCCUGAAAGCGAUGACCUUGUCACCCAGUCGCCGCCGCCACUCGGUUCUCAGAGCUUGGUCCUUGUUCAUAACAAUCAGCCGGCGACUACUUUACCCCCGAGUCUACUAGUGAACGACCUCGUCCCGGGCCCCAUGCUACCCGGUCUACGCCGGGGCACACGUCUCAUCCGGACGUUCGCCACGGGUGUCGAAUCCCUAGAAAACCUCCUCGAUUUCGGCCUUUCCGAAGGGUGCUACGGCUCAUCUUCCGAAUCUGCUACUACUCCCAGCAACGACGAAGAGCGUGCGGGAAACGGGGGCCUUCUGCUUGAGUGGGACAGCAAUGCUAACGCCGAGGAUGUCAGCCCAUCUAUUGAUAACGCAGUCAUUUCAAAUUCGGUUUCAAAAAUGGCAGACGGCAAGGACGGCGCGGUCUUGGACAUCGUGGAAGAAAAUAUCGUUGAGGACGAUGGUCUGAACUUUUCGGCGCUUGAUAGGCUUAGCCGAUUGCUUGAGACCUAA